AUGCGUGCCCGCCAUCUCUGGAGCCGCGUCGCGCAGGUGCACAUUCCAGCCACCAAGUACAACGUCGUGAUCCACUUGGCCUCCGAAGAGGACUACGUUUUUCCACCGCAACUCGAGUCUUCACCGGACGCCGCAGCCACCGUGGAGGUUCGUCUCUCACCGGGUCUCACGCUUACCGCCAACAGUCUCAUCUUUGAAUACGCCGCCUUUCAUGGAAUGGGAGAGGACGAGGACUAUGAGAAUGCCAAUGGUGGGGCUUUGGGUGGUGGGCUUUUGGGACCUGGAGCGACCUCACUGCGAAACGUCAGGAAGAAACGUGUCUGUUGGCGCUGCAACUUGCCCAUCCUGCAGGGAUCAACAUGCCAGAAUUGCAAGCAGAAUGGAAACCAAUGCUCACGUUGCUUGUUCAUCAACCUGAGUGACGAAGAAAUGUUCCUCUGCACGAAGUGUGGCUCAUCCAAUUUCAAUUUUAUGUCCUUCACUAUCGUAGCUCGGUGA